UCGCGCGUAUUCCCGUUUAGUAUAAAACGCGCUCGGAAAAGUUGCGAGACCACUUCAAUCGGAACAUCAAAGCGUGUUCGACGUGCACUAACACAGCAGGCAGUCUCACGAGUUUCGUCCGCUACAGAGUUCCGAACUUAAAGCCAUGAAUCUUACCAUGCAGCUCGCAGUUGUGGUGGCCGUGUGCCUGUGCCUGGCCGAGGGAGCUCCCGACGGUCGAUUGGCCAGGAAGCAGCAACGACCAACCCGCGGCUUUAAGAACGUCGAGAUGAUGACCGCCAGGGGCUUCGGCAAGCGGGACAGGUCUCACACCAGGGCUGAACGCGAUGUAGAUCAUCAACGAUCAUCUCAACGUCCUAGUCGCGGUACUCCCACAUUUAAGAGUCCAUCGGUCGGUAUCGCCAGAGAUUUUGGUAAAAGAACACCGGAAUUUGAGAAUGAAGAUGAUAUCGGCUACGUACACCAUCCCCGCAUGAAGUUUACCCCUAAAAUAGGUCUGAUGGUGGCUCACGACUUUGGCAAAAGAAGUGGUAACGAUGAUUAUGAUGAAGAAGAAGAGAUCAGGGUGACCAGGGGAACUUUCAAGCCAAACUCAAACAUUCUUAUCGCGAGGGGCUACGGGAAACGCACAAAUUCUCAAAACGAACCAGUGUACGGAGUGAACAACUACUGGGACAUGCUCGAGAACGCCCCCGAGAGGGAAGGUCAGGAAGCCAAUGACGACAAGACUCUGGAAAGCAUUCCACUGGACUGGUUCGUGAAUGAGGUUCUCAACAACCCGGACUUCGCUCGAUCUGUCGUCCGGAAGUUCAUCGAUCUCAAUCAGGACGGUAUGCUGUCAUCAGACGAACUGCUCAGGAACUAUUAAGCUAUUAUCUAACUAUAUAAGACGGUUAACUCUCGUUAUUCUGUUAAAAUCGGUUUGCGUUCGAACGUUGAAUAAUACUCUGUAUUUAUGUGUUACUGUACGUAACAGCUCUGUGAUAUGGACGGAAGUAGUCCUCAAAAAGAACAAAAAAAAAAUCGCUUCAGAUCUCAUUGUUUCACUUUUUUUUUGUUUGUAAAUAACUAUAGUGCUAUUAUUAUAUUGAGUCCAUAUAAAUUAACUAGAAAAUGUUAAUAUUAGAUGUUUAUUUUUUUUUUUAGAUAUUUUGAUUUCAUUAGAAGCAAUAUAUUAAAUACAUUAACGCGUUCUCUGUUAUUUUUGGUUAAUAGAAAAGGGGAAAGGCUAGUUAUUUGUAAUUCUCACUAUUAGGCUGGGAUUCUGUCUUGAUGUUGAUUUCAUUGUGAGAAUGUCGAGUUAGAUUACUCUACAUACAUACAUACAUAAUAAUAAAAAAUUAAUGUUUAAGCAUAGAAGAAGAUAAUCUACGUUCAGAUACCCAAGUAAUUAAUUAGUUUGUUGUUAAAUUAUCUUUGUCGACGUUAUGAAUAAAAAUAAAAAUCGGGUAUCAAAA